AUGGAACAGUUUGGUAUUAAACCUAAUGCUGUUUCAUUGUUGUGUGUUCUGUUUGCGUGUAGCCAUGGUGGCUUGGUAGAAGAAGGCCUUUACUAUUUCCGAUUGAUGGAGGAAACGUAUGGUGUGGUUCCCAAGAUGGAGCAUUAUGCUUGUAUUGUUGACCUCUUAGGUCGUGCAGGCUGCCUAAAUGAGGCCUUGGAAUUUAUACAAAAAAUGCCAAUUGAACCAAAUGAUAUGAUUUGGCAGACAUUGUUAGGAGUGUGCAGGGUCCACAACAAUGUUGAGCUGGGAGAGAUUGCUGCCAAGAAGAUCCUUUCCAUUCGACCAGAUUAUUCAGCUACGUAUGUUCUUUUAUCCAACACAUACAUGGAGGUGGGAAGUUUUAGGGAUGGAAUUAGUAUGAGAAAACUAAUGAAAGAGCGAGGUGUGAAGAAGGAACCUGGGUGCAGUUGGAUAUCUGUGAACAGUAAAGUCCAUAAGUUUUAUGCGGGAGAGGGAUCAAAUUGA